AUGAAUCUAUAUAAAUGUGUCCAUCUAUCUAUCUAUCUAUCUAUCUAUCUAUCUAUCUAUCUAUCAUUCUGUCACAAUGAAAUCAUAUCAAUAUCAAAGUAUAUGAAUCUAUAUAAAUGUGUCCAUCUAUCUAUCUAUCUAUCUAUCUAUCUAUCUAUCUAUCUAUCUAUGUCCGGUUUCUUUCUUUCUUUCUUUCUUUCUUUCUUUCUUUCUUUCUUUCAAGCUACCCUUCGUUUUCUCUUUCUCUUUCUUGCAGCUCUCGCUUCUCUUUGCCAUUUUUUUCUCUCCCUACUGGUUGUCAUUUUAGCUUUCUUUAUGCUUUUUGGGGUGUUUUCUUUUUGCUCUCUGUCAUUCUCUUUUGGAGAUUUCCCGCGCAUUUUUACCGACACGCUAUGUCCUUUAUACCAUAAUCCUGAUUUAUUUCGCAAUUCCGGUCAUCUUUCUUUUUUUUUUUUUGUCACAUUCUCCAUUUACAAGCAUUCUCGCCACACUCUUUCCCUCACCCUAACAACUCUUUAUCUUAAAUAUAUGCUUACUUAUUAUAUUUUUCUUACCACUCACCUUCUUUGUUCAUGCCCGCCAUUUUUUUUUUUUUUUGCUACUCUUUCGCGUUCUCCUCUUCCAGCUCGCAUUGUAAUGAUAUCGUUUCUCGACCACUCACGCUUCGGCAUAUCUUGUUUCACUAUAAAUGGACCUUCAAUUAUCGAUCGGCUGCCUGUAUAUCUCAUCCGCCAAAUCCUCUCGUUUAUACCGUCGCCUUUCGUCGUUCUGUUUAUCCUCCUUGAAAUUCUUUAUUGUCAUCGUUCCUCAAUAUAUUAUCUUCUGAGAUUUACGGCCCUAACGCGACAUCAACGUACGGAACCCAGUUUGGGCUUUACGUCACCUGAAAUAAUAACAACUCAUAUCUAUCUAUCUAUCUAUCUAUCUAUCUAUCUAUCUAUCUAUCUAUGUAAGUCUAUUCAUUAUCUAUCUCAGUCUAAUUAUUAUCUAUCUCAGUCUAUAUAUUAUCUAUCUAUCUAUCUAUCUAUCUAUCUAUCUAUCUAUCUCAGUCUAUUCUUAAUCUAUUUAUCUCAGUCUAUUCAUUAUCUAUCUAUCUCAGUCUAUCUAUCUAUCUAUCUAUCUAUCUAUCUAUCUAUCUAUCUAUCUAUCUAUCUAUCUCAGUCAAUUCAUUAUCUAUCUCAGUCUAUUCAUUAUCUAUCUAUCUCAGUCUAUCUAUCUACCUACCUAUCUAUCUAUCUAUCUAUCUAUCUAUCUAUCUAUCUAAGUCUAUUCAUUAUCUAUCUAUCUCGGUCUAUCUAUCUAUCUCAGUCUAUUCAUAAUCUAUUUAUCUCAGUCUAUUCAUUAUCUAUCUAUCUAUCUAUCUAUCUAUCUAUCUAUCUAUCUAUCUAUCUAUCUCAUUCUAUUCAUUAUCUAUCUGUCGCAGUCUAUUUAUUAUCUAUCUAUCUCGGUCUAAUUAUUAUCUAUCUCAGUCUAUUCAUUAUCUAUUUAUCUCAGUCUAUCUAUCUAUCUAUCUAUCUAUCUCAGUCUAUUCAUUAUAUAUCUAUCUACAUAUUUCAGUCUAUUCAUUAUCUAUCUAUCUCUCUCUCUAUCUAUCUAUCUAUCUAUCUAUCUCUCUGUCUAUCUAUCUAUCUAUCUAUAUCGAUGGAAUACUUGACGCGACCGCAAACUCCAUCCGAUCAUUCAUAUCUCUUGACUGACCCCUGGUCAGCACUGGGCCGUACCACGUGCCGUGAACGGCUGACCUCCAGACCGCAACUGCUGAUUAACGGCAUCGGUGAAUAUCUAUCUCAUUCUGUAACUUUCUUUCUUUUGAUCUAUCUAUCUAUCUAUCUAUCUAUCUAUCUAUCUAUCUAUCUAUCUAUCGAAAUUCUACCUUUUGCAUGUCCAUGUCUAUCUAUCUAUCUAUCUAUCUAUCUAUCUAUCUAUCUAAAUCGCUUCAGAAAUAUACACUACCCUAUCCAUGUCAAUUUAUAUCUAUCUAUCUAUCUAUCUAUCUAA